UGCACGUGUAUAGUCAGCUGUCCUGUGGUGCUGGCACCGCCGGCGAGCUCCUAAUAUCUGACCACAUUGCUCUUUCUCUUCCUUUCUUCUCCUCUCUUCUCUGGAUCUUCCUGAUCCCCUUUGAUAUCUGUUCAAAGUUGCGUUUGUGCCUCUCCUUGCUACCUACGUCCACAUCAUCGUGUGUUUGUCCCACCAUCGGCACUCACCGGUCUUUGUUUCACGUCCCGACACGAACCCGGCAAUCACAAUUGCUAUUUUCCCCAAGACCCGAGAGCUUGCACUGCUUUGUAUAAAGAUUAACAAUAGCAAACAUGUCUUCUGAAAGCAUUACCAGCGAUGCUGUCCUUAAGGAGAUCCUCGAAGGGCUCAAGGCCCUUCGAUCGGAGAACUCCGUACUGGCAGCUUCAGUUGACAAAAUCAACGGCCGUGUGAACAUGCUGGCAGGCAUCAAGCAAAUCAAGGAUGAGGCAGCAGAUGCAGCUGCUAGUGGAAAGCUAGACGGCGAGAAGGCCAAUGGUGUCGAACCAGAAAAGUCCAAGUCCGUAGAAGCCGUUAGCGAGCAGUAUGAGCAGCCACCUUCAGAUGCUGAUGCUCAACCACGUCGCACGAGUGUAUCCAAGAUUUCAAAGAUCAUCUUGACUUCAUAUCCUGGUCAAGCUGGUGUCGACCCGUUGCCCAUGCAAUGGGGUGCCAAGGACCCUGCUGUUCGUGGCCCUGUCGUUGUUUCAAGACAUGCGAACACUAUCCGAAGACGCAACGCUAUCGGUGCUCACGGUGGCUCGUACUCCAUCUACAAUGCUCUGGCUGUAGCAAGCAAGAACCUCGACAUCACUCACAAGCCAGACUUCACUAACACCGAGCCUGCUGCAAAGAUCGGUCCUUUCCCGCAAUGGAGUGAUCCAAAGAAGAUCGUAGCCAUGGAUCCAUACGGACAUCUUGCACCAUGGCUGUACAAGGAGACCAUGGACAAGGAUGAUGUGGAGAUCAGACCUACGAUUGCCAUUACCAGAGCGCACAUGAAGGUGCCAGAACUUGAGGAGAGCGUACGAAAAGGCAGACUUGUUCCCGACGGUAAGAUUUGCAUGAACGAGACAGGUGAAGUUGCCGUCACCAAGGUUGCAGUUGAGCCUGUAUGGUACUUGCCUGGUGUUGCUGAGCGCUUCAAUAUUGAUGAGGGAACUCUUCGCCGGACACUUUUCGAAGAGACUGGUGGCUCUUAUCCUGAGCUCAUCACCCGUCACGACAUCAAGCUCUUCCUUCCUCCCAUUGGCGGUAUGACUGUCUACAUCUUUGGUGACCCAGCAAAGAUGUCCGAUCCCAGCGCAAAGCUCGCUCUCCGCAUCCACGACGAAUGCAACGGAAGUGACGUAUUCGGAUCUGACAUCUGCACAUGCCGUCCUUACCUCACUUUCGGUAUUGAAGAAGCAGUCAAGGAGGCCCAGAAGGGUGGUAGCGGUGUCGUCAUCUACUUCCGCAAGGAAGGUCGUGCUCUUGGCGAGGUCACCAAAUAUCUUGUCUACAAUGCCAGGAAGCGAGGCGAGGAUCGUGCCAGCGAGUACUUCAAGCGCACUGAGAACAUCGCGGGUGUCAAGGACAUGCGUUUCCAGGCUCUGAUGCCCGAUAUCCUGCACUGGCUUGGUAUCACCAAGAUUGACAGAAUGCUCAGCAUGUCCAACAUGAAGCACGAUGCUAUUGUCGAGCAAGGUAUUCCAAUCCAUGAGCGCGUGCCUAUUCCUGAUGACAUGAUUCCGGCGGAUAGCCGCGUUGAGAUCGAUGCCAAGAUCCAAGCUGGUUACUUCACAACCGGUCAUGUCAUGUCGAUGGACGAGUUGGCAAAUGUAAAGGGUCGUGGUUGGGAUGAUGUCGAUCACUGAAGCACCAGUUCAUCGAAUGAAAAAAGUGCUGUUUUGUAGAAGUCUACUCCAAGAAAUGUGAUGAUAGUCAAGAAAAUCGCGGCUCCAACCGUACAGCCAAAACACAAAAUAAAGAACAAAGAUCACACUGCUCUACCACCAUUCAUGCUUCUUGGUGCAAUAUAGCAACC